AAAAUAAAUGUCGUGUGGCAACACUCCUUAAGAGUUCGUUCAGAAAUAAUGGAUGAGGCUUCUUUUGUUUACCUAAUGUAUUGUCACAUUCCUUAUUAACACAUGGUCUAUUUAUAUCACUAAUAUUCCAUGAUUAAUAAACACGUGAUAAAGUUAACAAUAUUAACAGUAAAACUCAAUAGUCAUCACGUAUUUUGUUUGAACAAUGUUUACGACGCGUUCAUAAUCCGCGUAUCGAACAAGUGCUGUCAGCUGUGCUGCGACCGACAGGGCGAACUGUCAGAUGGUGAAUAGCAAAGGAGCGGUAGUGAGAUUAUUUUUAAUAAAUAUGUCUUUUUAUUUGCAAUUUCACACUCAUAGAUAAUCUUCGCGCAUAGCUUUAAGCUUUAGCGUGUUUAGUUAGGUAGCGAUAGUAAGGGCGGCCGCAAUAUGAGUUCGAGGGACCGGGACACUAAAUCGCUGCAGGACAAGUUGAAGGUGUUCUUCAAGAAGGGCGCUUCGGCGCCGCUGCCGGCGGUGAACGAGCUGGUGGUGACUGCGGAGCUCGAGCGGGAGUUGCGGGCGGACGCGGCGCCCGCGCGGCGCCUCCGCGCGCUGCGGGACCUCGGAGACCGCGUCCGCGUCACCAGGAUACAACAGGGCGGCGCGGAGAGACUAUGGGCGCUCAUGCGAGAUCUUCUCGACGAUGGCUGCGCGGAGUCCAGGCACACGGCGCUCUGGUUCCUGCGCUGUAUAGCUGAAGGACAGGAGUGCGCUGUGAUGCGGACGGUGAUGUUUCGGUAUCUGCGGGAGUCGCACGCGCAGCAUGCCGCCGAGGACGCGCCACACCGCCUCUCGUUGUUGUCCACACUCACCAACGCCGGCAAGAACAUCGAGUGCUUCGAGGAACAGGUCGGCGAAUAUCUGCUGGAGUACAUGCGCAGCGUCGGCGAGACCGGCCCCGCGCUACCUGAACUGUUGGCGCUCGUCAUCAACGUCGUCAAAUACAACGCCACCUACUUGGACGAACACGUCGUGCACGGCAUCGUGGACGCCUCCUGCCACCUGUGCGCGUACUCGGCGUCGGCCGGGGCCGUGGUGUCGGCGCUGGCGCUGCUGGAGGCCGUGGUGGCGUACUCGCUGCUGCCGCGCGCCGCGCUGCCGGCCUUCGUGGGCGCGCUGUGCCGCACCGUCAACCUGGAGCGCCACUGCCAGACCAGCUGGAAGCUGAUGCGCUCAGUCCUCGGCGCCGACCUUGGCCACGCCGCUCUCCAAGAGCUAGCGGCCCUCCCCGCCGCCGCCGCCAACAACGCCGCCGCCGCCAACACCGCCGACGGGAGCAACGCCGCCGCCGCCAACACCGCCGACGGGAGCAACGCCGCCGCCGCCAACAACGCCGACGCCGGCGCAGUGCGCGGCGCCGUGUUCUACAUCAACAUGGCGCUGUGGGGCCCGCGUCGCGUGCCCAGCCUGCGCGUGUCGCUGCUGUGUGUGUUACCGGCUCUACUACAGGCGGUGAGCACGAACCAGCCCGUAGUAACGUACGAAGUGAUCCAAGCCAUCCAGAGCCUCGUGAGCCGCGCGCCGCCGGACUCGCUGUGCGCCGCCUGGGACGUGCUGCUGGCCGUGCUGGCGCACGCGCACAGGCACGACAAAAGCCUGGACCCGCCCAACGAGCUGAUCCACACCCGUCUCCACGCGCUGCUGACCUGCAUAGAACAGCUGCACGAGGCCGGCCAGUACACGGGGGACACUGGCCAGCUGCUGGACCUCAUCGACUGCAGCGCGCAGGACCGACCGGAAGCAUCAGUACUUCGCCUCAUCACGCUCCGCUGCUCGACGCUCUCCCCCGCUCGCGCGGACUGGCUGGCCGCAGCCUUAGCGCUCGGCGACAAGUUCGUCCGCCGGGACACUCGACUCGGCGUCCGGAUGCAUGCGCUUCAACAACUGCUCGCUGUCGUCAAACGACACAGGUUCCUGUACGAGGAAGAAGUAGUGGUGGGCGUGGGCGUGCCCUUGCUGAGUUGGUGCGGGGCGGGGGCGGGUGCGGGGGUGGGGGUGGGGGUGGACCCCGCGCUGCGGGCCGCCGCGGCGCGCGCCGCCGCCGAGCUGGCCGUGCUGGUGACCGGCGACGCCGCCACCGACCUCAUCGACCUGCUGGAGAAGGUACCGUGUGGUCAGGGCCGCGCCGCCGCCGAGCUGGCCGUGCUGGUGACCGGCGACGCCGCCACCGACCUCAUCGACCUGCUGGAGAAGGUACCGUGUGGUCAGGGCCGCGCCGCCGCCGAGCUGGCCGUGCUGGUGACCGGCGACGCCGCCACCGACCUCAUCGACCUGCUGGAGAAGGUACCGUGUGGUCAGGGCCGCGCCGCCGCCGAGCUGGCCGUGCUGGUGACCGGCGACGCCGCCACCGACCUCAUCGACCUGCUGGAGAAGGUACCGUGUGGUCAGGGCCGCGCCGCCGCCGAGCUGGCCGUGCUGGUGACCGGCGACGCCGCCACCGACCUCAUCGACCUGCUGGAGAAGGUACCGUGUGGUCAGGGCCGCGCCGCCGCCGAGCUGGCCGUGCUGGUGACCGGCGACGCCGCCACCGACCUCAUCGACCUGCUGGAGAAGGUACCGUGUGGUCAGGGCCGCGCCGCCGCCGAGCUGGCCGUGCUGGUGACCGGCGACGCCGCCACCGACCUCAUCGACCUGCUGGAGAAGGUACCGUGUGGUCAGGGCCGCGCCGCCGCCGAGCUGGCCGUGCUGGUGACCGGCGACGCCGCCACCGACCUCAUCGACCUGCUGGAGAAGGUACCGUGUGGUCAGGGCCGCGCCGCCGCCGAGCUGGCCGUGCUGGUGACCGGCGACGCCGCCACCGACCUCAUCGACCUGCUGGAGAAGGUACCGUGUGGUCAGGGCCGCGCCGCCGCCGAGCUGGCCGUGCUGGUGACCGGCGACGCCGCCACCGACCUCAUCGACCUGCUGGAGAAGGUACCGUGUGGUCAGGGCCGCGCCGCCGCCGAGCUGGCCGUGCUGGUGACCGGCGACGCCGCCACCGACCUCAUCGACCUGCUGGAGAAGGUACCGUGUGGUCAGGGCCGCGCCGCCGCCGAGCUGGCCGUGCUGGUGACCGGCGACGCCGCCACCGACCUCAUCGACCUGCUGGAGAAGGUACCGUGUGGUCAGGGCCGCGCCGCCGCCGAGCUGGCCGUGCUGGUGACCGGCGACGCCGCCACCGACCUCAUCGACCUGCUGGAGAAGGUACCGUGUGGUCAGGGCCGCGCCGCCGCCGAGCUGGCCGUGCUGGUGACCGGCGACGCCGCCACCGACCUCAUCGACCUGCUGGAGAAGGUACCGUGUGGUCAGGGCCGCGCCGCCGCCGAGCUGGCCGUGCUGGUGACCGGCGACGCCGCCACCGACCUCAUCGACCUGCUGGAGAAGGUACCGUGUGGUCAGGGCCGCGCCGCCGCCGAGCUGGCCGUGCUGGUGACCGGCGACGCCGCCACCGACCUCAUCGACCUGCUGGAGAAGGUACCGUGUGGUCAGGGCCGCGCCGCCGCCGAGCUGGCCGUGCUGGUGACCGGCGACGCCGCCACCGACCUCAUCGACCUGCUGGAGAAGGUACCGUGUGGUCAGGGCCGCGCCGCCGCCGAGCUGGCCGUGCUGGUGACCGGCGACGCCGCCACCGACCUCAUCGACCUGCUGGAGAAGGUACCGUGUGGUCAGGGCCGCGCCGCCGCCGAGCUGGCCGUGCUGGUGACCGGCGACGCCGCCACCGACCUCAUCGACCUGCUGGAGAAGGUACCGUGUGGUCAGGGCCGCGCCGCCGCCGAGCUGGCCGUGCUGGUGACCGGCGACGCCGCCACCGACCUCAUCGACCUGCUGGAGAAGGUACCGUGUGGUCAGGGCCGCGCCGCCGCCGAGCUGGCCGUGCUGGUGACCGGCGACGCCGCCACCGACCUCAUCGACCUGCUGGAGAAGGUACCGUGUGGUCAGGGCCGCGCCGCCGCCGAGCUGGCCGUGCUGGUGACCGGCGACGCCGCCACCGACCUCAUCGACCUGCUGGAGAAGGUACCGUGUGGUCAGGGCCGCGCCGCCGCCGAGCUGGCCGUGCUGGUGACCGGCGACGCCGCCACCGACCUCAUCGACCUGCUGGAGAAGGUACCGUGUGGUCAGGGCCGCGCCGCCGCCGAGCUGGCCGUGCUGGUGACCGGCGACGCCGCCACCGACCUCAUCGACCUGCUGGAGAAGGUACCGUGUGGUCAGGGCCGCGCCGCCGCCGAGCUGGCCGUGCUGGUGACCGGCGACGCCGCCACCGACCUCAUCGACCUGCUGGAGAAGGUACCGUGUGGUCAGGGCCGCGCCGCCGCCGAGCUGGCCGUGCUGGUGACCGGCGACGCCGCCACCGACCUCAUCGACCUGCUGGAGAAGGUACCGUGUGGUCAGGGCCGCGCCGCCGCCGAGCUGGCCGUGCUGGUGACCGGCGACGCCGCCACCGACCUCAUCGACCUGCUGGAGAAGGUACCGUGUGGUCAGGGCCGCGCCGCCGCCGAGCUGGCCGUGCUGGUGACCGGCGACGCCGCCACCGACCUCAUCGACCUGCUGGAGAAGGUACCGUGUGGUCAGGGCCGCGCCGCCGCCGAGCUGGCCGUGCUGGUGACCGGCGACGCCGCCACCGACCUCAUCGACCUGCUGGAGAAGGUACCGUGUGGUCAGGGCCGCGCCGCCGCCGAGCUGGCCGUGCUGGUGACCGGCGACGCCGCCACCGACCUCAUCGACCUGCUGGAGAAGGUACCGUGUGGUCAGGGCCGCGCCGCCGCCGAGCUGGCCGUGCUGGUGACCGGCGACGCCGCCACCGACCUCAUCGACCUGCUGGAGAAGGUACCGUGUGGUCAGGGCCGCGCCGCCGCCGAGCUGGCCGUGCUGGUGACCGGCGACGCCGCCACCGACCUCAUCGACCUGCUGGAGAAGGUACCGUGUGGUCAGGGCCGCGCCGCCGCCGAGCUGGCCGUGCUGGUGACCGGCGACGCCGCCACCGACCUCAUCGACCUGCUGGAGAAGGUACCGUGUGGUCAGGGCCGCGCCGCCGCCGAGCUGGCCGUGCUGGUGACCGGCGACGCCGCCACCGACCUCAUCGACCUGCUGGAGAAGGUACCGUGUGGUCAGGGCCGCGCCGCCGCCGAGCUGGCCGUGCUGGUGACCGGCGACGCCGCCACCGACCUCAUCGACCUGCUGGAGAAGGUACCGUGUGGUCAGGGCCGCGCCGCCGCCGAGCUGGCCGUGCUGGUGACCGGCGACGCCGCCACCGACCUCAUCGACCUGCUGGAGAAGGUACCGUGUGGUCAGGGCCGCGCCGCCGCCGAGCUGGCCGUGCUGGUGACCGGCGACGCCGCCACCGACCUCAUCGACCUGCUGGAGAAGGUACCGUGUGGUCAGGGCCGCGCCGCCGCCGAGCUGGCCGUGCUGGUGACCGGCGACGCCGCCACCGACCUCAUCGACCUGCUGGAGAAGGUACCGUGUGGUCAGGGCCGCGCCGCCGCCGAGCUGGCCGUGCUGGUGACCGGCGACGCCGCCACCGACCUCAUCGACCUGCUGGAGAAGGUACCGUGUGGUCAGGGCCGCGCCGCCGCCGAGCUGGCCGUGCUGGUGACCGGCGACGCCGCCACCGACCUCAUCGACCUGCUGGAGAAGGUACCGUGUGGUCAGGGCCGCGCCGCCGCCGAGCUGGCCGUGCUGGUGACCGGCGACGCCGCCACCGACCUCAUCGACCUGCUGGAGAAGGUACCGUGUGGUCAGGGCCGCGCCGCCGCCGAGCUGGCCGUGCUGGUGACCGGCGACGCCGCCACCGACCUCAUCGACCUGCUGGAGAAGGUACCGUGUGGUCAGGGCCGCGCCGCCGCCGAGCUGGCCGUGCUGGUGACCGGCGACGCCGCCACCGACCUCAUCGACCUGCUGGAGAAGGUACCGUGUGGUCAGGGCCGCGCCGCCGCCGAGCUGGCCGUGCUGGUGACCGGCGACGCCGCCACCGACCUCAUCGACCUGCUGGAGAAGGUACCGUGUGGUCAGGGCCGCGCCGCCGCCGAGCUGGCCGUGCUGGUGACCGGCGACGCCGCCACCGACCUCAUCGACCUGCUGGAGAAGAUAAUGAACCGGCCGUUUGAGGGUGAGGAGCCCAACGAGUCAGACCCCGAGCCAGAUUUGACAGAUGUCACUCUCGCAGUCUCCGGUCUCCUAGAAGUGUUCCACGCGAAGUUGCUGCGAGCCCCGGCGGCGCACGCGGCGCGCGCCUGCCUCGUGCUGCUCGACCACCUCGACCACGCGCUCAACCACCCGCGCCACUCCGCGCAGCACGCCACGUGCAGGAGGAAGAUUCUUGACAUGAUCUUCGGGCUCCGCGCGAACUUGUUCAACAGCGUGGGGUUCUGCUACGACGGCGCCGGCAGCCCCGUGUACGGGACGGCCGCGCUCCGCAUCAAGCCGCUGUGCUCGCCGAGCUUGCUCGCCGAGCCGCUCGCCGCACGAGGGCACCAUCCGCCGCCCACCAACCAUCAAGUGCCGGGAGCGUGCAUCCUCCCCGUGGGGCGCUGCGCGCGCAUCCUGACCCUGGCGCUCGCCCGCGAGAAGGAGUGGUCGGUGCUGCAGCACGUGCUGCGCGCCCUGCCCGCCCUGCUGCAGUCCAGGGCUCUCUGCGUCGGCCGCAGGGCUCAGGACCUGGACCUGCUGGCUUCUAGUCUCUGCGCCAUGUUAUCGGACAGAAGCUUAGCGUUCCCCGAGUGUCUGCGCGGUCCGAAGGUGCUGGUGUCGGAGCUGCACGCGGCGGUGCUGCCCUCUCUGGGGGCCCUGGCGCCCUACCACGCCUUCCUGGAACCGCUCACGCAGCAGAGGGUAGUGCGGUGUUUGCUGCGCUACGGCAUGGUGCUCCGAACGCCGGCGCCGUACCUAGCAGCACUGACGCAGUUCACCCUGGAAGCCCGUGACACCAUGGUGAAGCUACUUCCCGAGGUUCUACUGGACUUGUCCAAGGUGUCCGACACCAAACUCAUCGCAGGACCAAUGCUUGAAUUUCUUUCUACACUAACUCGACUACCGCGAGUAUUCGCCUCGUUCGUGGAAGACCAAUACAUGUCGGUAUUCGCCAUCCUGCUCCCUUACACGAACCCGUCCCGCUACAACCACUACGUCGUCUCGCUCGCACACCACGUGGUCGCCGCCUGGUUCCUCAAAUGCCGGCUGUCUUAUAGACGCAACUUCGUGCGGUUCAUUAUACAUGGUUUGCACAAUUACAUCAUCAUGCCAUUUGAGGAGCAGCUGCACAAGUAUAAAGUGCACGCGCCGACCAACGAGGACUCCAGCAAUCGCAAGCGGAGCUCCAGUUUGGGGUCGCGGGGCGUGUCGGCCGCGCCGCUCGGGGCCGGCGCCGGCGCCGCGCGCGCAUGCGCCGCCUCCGCCUCCGCCGCCUUCCACGUGGAGCUCACCGAGACCUGCGUGGACCUGCUGGCGCGCUACACCGCCUCCGCCUGCAGCGUCAAGCCGCAGAGGAGUGACGCGGCAGAAUGGAUGUUCUCCGGCGGGCACUCUAUGACGUGGCUCGUGGGGCACAAACUGGUCACCAUCACCACCGCGGGCUGCAACAUGAAUAGCAUCAAACAGGGCAUGUGCGACAGAUGCGCGACGCUGUGCCGGCAGCACGCCGAGAGCGCGGCCAGCCCGCUGCCGCCGAGAGCGCUCAACGCGAGCGACGAACACGCCAAGGUGGUCCCCCCGAGCGACGGGAGCCACGGACAGAAUCACAACAACCUACAAGUCACCAACCCGCCCGAGAUCAAACGCUACAGCAAGCACUCGCUGCAACACUCCCGUUCGACCGACAACUCAGCGAGCUCCUCGCUCUCCGACCGGCCCGACAACGUGCCCUCCAGCUACAGCAAGCACUCGCUGCAACACUCCCGUUCGACCGACAACUCAGCGAGCUCCUCGCUCUCCGACCGGCCCGACAACGUGCCCUCCAGCUACAGCAAGCACUCGCUGCAACACUCCCGUUCGACCGACAACUCAGCGAGCUCCUCGCUCUCCGACCGGCCCGACAACGUGCCCUCCAGCUACAGCAAGCACUCGCUGCAACACUCCCGUUCGACCGACAACUCAGCGAGCUCCUCGCUCUCCGACCGGCCCGACAACGUGCCCUCCAGCUACAGCAAGCACUCGCUGCAACACUCCCGUUCGACCGACAACUCAGCGAGCUCCUCGCUCUCCGACCGGCCCGACAACGUGCCCUCCAGGUCAGUGGCGUGUCGCUCCCGUGUCGCUUGUGACGUGUGGUGUGGUGUGGCAGCUACAGCAAUCACUCGCUGCAACACUCCCGUUUUCGACCGACAACUCGGCGAGCUCCUCGCUCUCCGACCGGUCCGACAACGUGCCCUCCAGCUACAGCAAGCACUCGCUGCAACACUCCCGUUCGACCGACAACUCAGCAAGCUCCUCGCUCUCCGACCGGCCCGACAACGUGCCCUCCAGGUCAGUGGCGUGUCGCUCCCGUGUCGCUCGGGACGUGUAGUGUGGUGUGGCAGCUACAGCAAGCACUCGCUGCAACACUCCCGUUCGACCGACAACUCAGCGAGCUCCUCGCUCUCCGACCGGCCCGACAACGUGCCCUCCAGACAAAACUCGGCCGAAUACAACCCUAUAGUAGAUGCGCUCAACAAUUUCACGCAGCGGUUCGAAAAGAUCUCAAAAGAAGUGGAUAUAGAAGAAGCAGCGUGGUCACGAGCAGGAGAGCUGGCAGCGGGCGCCUGCCCCUGUUGGUGCGCGGACUGGGCCGAGAUACACGUCCGCUCCCCCUCGGGAGACGUGUCCUGGCUGAUGCGGGUGCAGAACCAGAUGGGCUGGGAGAACCAGGAGUCGUCGCUACAGGACAUCCUCGCCUUGCUGGCGCCCGCGCCCGCGCCCUCGUCCGCCUCCAGCGGCGUAGGAGACGAUCGCACUAAUAAUGCGUCGGAGAGCGAAAGUAGAUCGCGCAGUGGCUCGUCAGCAUCGCAGGCGGCGCACGCGCAGGAUCUACACAAGUCUAGUUCCGACUCGGUGGUGGCGGGCGGGGGCGAGAGGAGGCCGCCGCACGCCGCCUCGCACUGCAUCGGGCCUCCCCCCCAGCCGCAACGUAUGAGCACGCAGCCGAUCAACAUCCCCGGGUCGCCGGUGCGCGGCGCCGCGCGGGACGACGACAUGCUGCUCUACGUGCCCGAGGGCAAGAGCAGACACCCAGUCCGCCGUUCCAACUCCUCACCGGAGAUGUCAUCGUGGAAGCUCCCCAGGGACUCCCCCACGACCCUAGAGCCCCCCGCUGCCGACCCCUCGCUGCUCAUACUACUGCCGGGCACCGAGCCCACACAAUCACAAUCCCUCCACGCGUCCAAGAAAGCGAACAAGAAGAGCGACAUGCGAGUUUCAUGCGAGGCCAUACCUGAAGAGAUGUCGGGCUCGUCCCCCCUCGCCGCGCCCGCCCCCCCUCCGCACCCGCACCUCAUGACCUACAACUCCGACCCGGGCAAGUAUCUUCAUUCACAAGGUGGUUGUUCGGGCUCGGCGCCCGAAGAUGGGCCCGCGCCGCAGCCCAUACAAAAGGUGGCGAGCGACAGCAUCGUGCAGAGCGUAGCGAGCGCGCACUUGCCAGCCCCCGCGCACGCGCACAAGCCCCCCGCCGCGCCCGCCCCCUCCCACCCGCCGCCCCCCACCACCGUGGGCUCCAUGAAGGAUCGAGACGACCUGCCGCCGCUGUCCCGCUCCAAGCGCUCCAACACUAUCUCCGUCAUGAGCCCCACGAGACGACACAGAGACCAAUCAUCAACGAUGUCAACAUCGUCGAGCGGCCGUUCCACCGCGUCGAGCAACAUAAGCUCGAGCGGCGCCGGCGCAGGCGGCGGUGUGACCCCGUCCUUCGUGCUCCUACAGCUCUACCACAAGAUGAGCACCUACCCCAUCACCCCGCCCGUGCCAGGUGAGGUGCCCAGCGCACAGAAUCCUCUCGCAGAACGACCCCUACUGGUGUCCGGUGUUCAGCACGAACGCACCAUCAAGAACCUGGACCGGGUACCACCCAUCGAAACCUACAAGGUGGGCGUGCUGUACGUGGGACCGGGACAGCAGGACAACGAAGUAGAAGUGUUGAAGAAUGAAUACGGCAGCGUCAGAUACGCGGAGUUCCUCGGGCAGCUAGGCACACUAGUAUCUCUGGCAGGCAGCGGCGCUGGUCUCUUGGAAGGAGCCCAGCAACAACCUCUAUUCCUCAACCUGGAGCAGGGAGGAAAAGAUGGCAAAUACACGUAUGUGUGGCACGACGAUAUCAUGCAGGUGCUGUUCCACGUGGCGACGGCCAUGCCGGUGUCCGCCGCCGACCCCACCUGCAACGAGAAACGGAAAUACAUCGGCAACGACUACGUCUCCAUAGUGUACAACGAUUCUGGCGGAGACUUCCCCAUACAAACCAUCAAGGGCCAGUUCAACCUGUGCAUCGUGGUAGUGGAGCCCUGCGAGCACGGCCUGCACCGCGUGCACAUCAAGACCAAGGACGAGCGCAUCCGCAGCAAGUUCCUGCCGCACCUGGAGAACUGCGCGCACGUCGUGUCCGACCACUGCGCCGCCACGCUCGCGCGCCAGCUCGCGCUGCACUGCGCCCUGGCGUCGCACAUAUCGCAGUCGCUGUCGAUGGGCGGCGGCUCGGCGCCGUACGCCAGCAACUCGCUGGAGCGGCUGCGCCACAUCAAGCGGCUGCGGCGCCGCGUGGAGGAGGAGCGCCUCGCGCAGGCGGCGCGCGCGCCCAAGCCGUACGCCCCACAAGGAGACACGGCGCGCCGGGUCGCAAUGGAUGACUUCAAUGAUUAUACUUAAAUACCUUACCGAGCUGCUCGGCCGAACUGCGUCGGUCUAAACGAACCGACUCGGCCUAGUCCUAACUACCGCCGAACUGAAGUCGAACUAAUCGAACUCGUUCGGCCGAACUAAACGGCCUAGUCGAAUCGAGUCUUAGUAUGGCUCACUCGACCGAACUGAGUUGGCCUAAUCGAACCGACUAGGCCGAACUGACUUGGCCAGGCCAGUCGAGCUAACUUAACGCGUCCUAGUAGGUACGGACUGAAAAAAAAACUUAUUUUGACGCGUUCAUUUUAUGUAUGUAAAUAUUGUUGUUUAUUUCAUUUUCUAUGGAAAAUGGACAACCCGUUUGGGCGAGUGAAGUUUUGAAGUAGCCUUUACACAUAAAGGCAGAGUUAUUGUUUGCGAAAUAUGCUGCAUCCCUUUCUUUUUUAUAUGCGACGUAAAAGAUGCGACAUGCGUUGUUUUACUAGUUUUGCAUCUUGUGUACAAAAUGCACUAAGCGUAGUAUUUGCCUCUGUAUCGUUGUUUGAGACGCGAGUUUUGUCUUUAUGUGUAUUGGGACAUGAUUUAAAAUCGAAAACACUGUUAUCGGGCGUAGGAAAAUUAAAUAUCUAUAUAUUUCUCAUGAAACUGCCAACAUAUUGGCGAAAGGCAAAAUGGGGCAUUUUUUAUGAAUAGGACCUUAUUGUCGAUGGCGCUUACGCCGUACAGCGUCGCGCGGCAUUCUAUUUAUAUCGUAGCAUCGUUAAUAAUGGUGUAAGCGCCAUCGACAAUAAGGUCCCUUUUAUAGAAAAUACCACAAAUGGUGCAAAUAACGAUCAUGAAAUCUCGACGUUAAAAAGUUUGAGAACCACUGGUCUGUCGUUGUUUUUAGCGUAAUACAACGUAUUUGUAAAAAUAUAGCACAAAUUUUUACAAUGUAAAUAAUAUUUCAUGUCAGGACGUCACUAAUAACUUUAGUUUUAUAAGAACAGUAAAGCCUAAUUUCAUUGUAUAGUCAAGUGUGAAAAUAUGGAUGCAAACAUCAUACUAAAAAAAAGUAGUGUGUGGAGUCCCUCCGCGCGAAAGAAGUGAAACUAGCAUCAAUUACCCUACUUUCGGGAAAUUACCCUAUUCGACUUACUGGUCACAGCAAUUUUUUCGAAAUUUGAUAAUUUAUAAAAAUUUGAGCGUAAACCUCCUUCAUAGUUAUGUUCGCCUGGUACAUGUAUGUAAUGUAUGUAUAUUCAAACAAGUAUACACAGAGAGAGAGAUAAGAGACACCGUGCUGGUCGAGCAAAAGUUAACUUUUGAGUUAAUAAUAGAGUAUAAAAUUAACCCCUCCAUGGUAGGGUUAAACGUUUAACGCAACCUUGUUGGAAGUCGCAUUAGAAGUUUCACUUCAAUAUGUCCCAUAGCUCUUAUGUCAGCGAGUUAAGAACUAUGGGACAUAUUUUUGAGUAAGUUAUAUGCACCCAUAUUUUUACACUUGGCUGUACAUAUGCUAAAAACAACGAUAGGCUACAAAUAUGAAAAUAUUUUAAAUAUAUUUAGAACGGAUCACUCACGUAUUUUUAAGAAGAAAAUUUCUCGACAUGUUUCGCACCAUAACGAGGUGCUUCAACGGGAGCACUGAUCAGUGAUGCUGCUGAAUCUUUGACUUAAAAACACGUGAGUGGCCCUUUUUAUUAAUAUAUUUAAUAUGACUGUUUCACGAAAGUGUUGUUAAUAAAAUAUGAAAAUAUUGUUGAGACAAGAGUCUCGCUAUUACCUUAUAAAAUGAAAUAGUCGCAUCAUUGCGUCUAACUAGAAAGCUAAUGCUUGACACGAGUAAUACACUCAAAAGCAUUUAAAAUCGGGUCAUUUCCAAGGAAAUUCUAUGUGCGAAAUGGCUAGUUUUUAUUUAUUUUGAGGGUAGUUACUUACGAUGUGUUCACGAAAUUUACAGGAGUGUUCAGUAUGUUGUAAGGACUCAUACGUGUGCUACUGGUCAUUGAAUAAGUCGGCCUUUAUAACCCGACCAAUUUCACAAAAGAAUGUUACGUAAAUUAUUCAUUAUUUAAAUUAACGAGUCAAAAAAUCUCUAGGAUCUGAAAACUCAUUCACAUUGUCACUAUGCCCGGCCUAAGGCGCUAUAAUAUCUAGAAUCGGACCACACUAUGUUUGCUUGAGCUGAUAGAGCUAUGUAUGAAUUCUUACUGCCCAGUUUGUGCAAAGUUAGCGUGGCCAGAGUAUAUUUACAAAAAGCUAAUAAACGCAAUUUGAAUUGUCUUCAGGAAAAUUACUUAAUAUACAGUAUGUCUCUGACCAAAAUUUCUCUCUGGCUUUAAAUUCAGGGCUCGAUUCUACUCUCUAAACUGAGCUACUUUCAUUAUGGGACCAACCCUAAAAUCGCGAAAAAAUUUUUGGCUUUUCCAUAGAAAACGUCGACCUGAUCAGCCAAAAUGUAUGGAAAAGCAAAAUUUUUUUUCGCGAUUUCGGUGUUGGUCCCAUAAUAAAAGUAGCUUAAGUUUAUCGAGUAGAAUCGAGCCCUGAAUUUAAAACCCCAACCACCCUGUAUAUUACUCGUGCAAGAAAUCUCUGGUAACGGGAUUAAUUUUAUUAUAUGACCAGUAGCAUGCGGCCUUUUGGAAUGAGAAUAGUAAGAUAAGUUAAGGCGCGGUUACACUGCUCCGGUCGCCGUCCAUUUUAAGUGUAUUCCAUACACAGCGCUGGUUGCACUUCAUCUUAAUGUGUUACAAGUUACAAUCUUACAAUGUAUGGAAAUAAUCACGCGAAUGUAUCGGGACGGCGUGUAUCCCGGUACAGUCGCCAUCAGAUAUAAAAAAAUAAGAAAUAAAAAUAAAAUAUCUUUAUUUCAGAACAUAAAAUUCCAUACAAUAUUGUUAGUACCAUCGUUAUACCUAUGUGUUAGUAAAUACAUUAAAAAUAAAAACAAAACACGCCUCUAUUGUCAAGGCGCUUGAGUGCGUGUUCAGAUAUUUUUGAGCACCUCGGCCGCUCCGAUAUAUCUGAUGGCGACAGUACAUUUUUACUUUUAGCGUUUGACGAUUACAAUUAGGGGUACCGCGUUUAAUUUCGCCGCUAGGGGCGCUAGUGUAGAUGGAGGUCUUUCAAAAUGUCAAAUGCAUAGAAGUUUUGGGGUUUUCAAGCUUUUUUAUCGGGAAUUUUCACUCCUUAUUCAUAAUCGUGGUAAAUCUUUGUCCAUCUGAUUAAUCAUGGUAAACAAUAGAUAUAGCUCAAUAAAUGUUAGUGGUUUGAAAAAAGUGCAAACUAAAAUAUAUGCAAAAUUAAACAGGUUGAAAAAAUGGCACAUUUAGACGUUAAAAUACCUUUGUGUUAGAACGUAAGCAUAGAAGAAUUUUGACAUCUGUUUUUCUGGACCUACAUUUGCAGUGGUGCCAACUGGUGAGCACAAAACCGGUAGCCCUCAUUGUCACCUUACAUUUUCUAAUAUAAAUAAUAAAGCAACGUUAUUUCCCUGAAUUUAAUUUACUUAUCAAAGCGACCGGAGCACAGUAACAGUAAGCAGGCGUUUGCUCUUCUAAUUCUAGGAUCUCAAUAAUGUUUGGCUUCAUCAAAGAGCGUCGCCUGACGAAUGGCUAGGAUAAGUAUGUUAGGGAGGCGAGUGCGAUUCAGAGUAAGAGCAACUGACUUCGGUGGACCUUAUGUCUGAGCAAUAAGGUUUAAUUCAGUUAACAAUAUCGAUGAUGGUAUAAAAACCUUUAGUUGCUAAAGAUCUAUACAGGUAAUCGAAACGAGACAAAGUAGACACGCAGCCGACGCCUUUUAGCGAUACGAAAUAUUGGUAUUUGUAGAAUUUUCUAAACGUAUGGCAGUUAUUUGCUUUGAAAUUGAAAUAUGUCUAUACCAGAAAAUAAAGGUAAGAAUUUUCCUAGGUUUCAAAUUUUAUAUUAAAGGAAAAAAUGGAAAAAGUUACGCUUCCGGCAGGAUUUUUUCCAUUUUUUCCUUUAAUAUAAAAUUUGGUGUAUCGCUCGCAGGAGUAUGUGCAUUAUGGAUGGUAUAGAAAGGAUCGCAAUCUCUUAUGGCAGAAUUGUUGUAAAAGUGACCGCGUUAAGCUUUAAAUAAUAGUUCCUAAUCUCUCCGGUGGCGCUAGUUAGGCUCUGGGACAUGAGUAUAACAUGAACCAUAUAAGGCAACAAAUAACCCGACCAAAUUACGUAGGUUGUUUUUGGUAGUAUUUCGGUGUAUGGUGGCGCCGCCUAAUUACUGUUUUUUGAUGGACACUUUUCAUACAUAGAGAUUUGGCUCCUUUAUACAGUCUCCAUGAUCUGCAUGUUAAAAAAUUGAUUUCCUAGGUUUGUAUCUUCAGUUUUUUUUUUAGGAAUUCGGCUAGGAAAUUUGCAAAUACUUAAAAAAAGAUUGCAGCUGCUGGUCUUGCCCAUUAAAAAAAUAUAUUAUUUUCUAGAUAUUUUGUUUAUGUUAAAUGAGGGCUAACGCGUAUGAAUUCGCCGCUAGGGGCGCUAGUAUAGAUGGUCUUUUCCAUAGUUCGAAAUGUCAAAUGUCACUUGUCACUUCAAUGACUGACAGCUGUUCUUUAGUCUUUUCAAAGAUAGAUAUAACUCCGUAAUAGAUGGAUACAGUCUAAGGAAAAAACGUGCCUCGAAAAUCACGAAAAUUUGAUUCUCGAUCAAAUGGCGCCACUAGUUUUGGCCUACUCUCGUAUAGAGGGCGUUGACUGUUUCGUUUGUUAUUUAUAAUUUUAACGCAUACCAGUGAAAGAACAUGGGUCAAAAUCAUAUAAAAAUAAUUAAUGCAAAUAAAAAAAUUAUUUAUUCAUAUUUAAAUACAUUUUAACGUAUUUUUAUAAAUCUUCAUUUUUAGUUUUAAAGUAUGUCGAUAGAUGGCAGUGAAUUUACUGUGGUUACAAAAUUUACUAUGACAGUACCGCUCUAUCUUAUUAUAUCCUCAUUGGUCUUUUAGACCACCAUCAACAGAGGUGCCAACUGGUGAGCAAAAAAACGAUAGCCCUCAUUACGCUAGCAUAACAUAAAAUACACCUGUUAAAACAUAGUCCCCCGCCGCGUCUAUCUGUUUGUAUGUAUUUUCGCGAUAAACUCGAAAACUACGAAUUUCAUGCGGUCUUCACCUGUCAAUAGACAAUAGAGUAUUGUCUAUAAUAGAGUGAUUCUUGAUAAAUAAUAAUAAUAAAUAAAUAAAUAAAUAAAUAUUACAGGACAUUCUUACACAGAUUGACAGUCCCACGGUAAGCCCAAGGAGGCUUGUGUUAUGGGUACUCAGAUAACGAUAUACAUAAUAUAUAAAUACUUAAAUACAUAGAAAACACCCAUGACUCAGGAACAAAUAUCUGUGCUCAUCACACAAAUAAAUGCCCUUACCGGGAUUCGAACCCAGGACCAUCGGUUUCACAGGCAGGGUCACUACCCACUAGGCCAGACCGGUCGUCAGAUAAAGGUUUAGGUGUAUUAUUUGUUAAGGUUUCAGUGUAACCCGUGCGAAGUCGAGGCGGGUCGCUAGUAAUAUAAAAAACCCGCCAAGUGCGAAUCGGACUCGCGCACCGAGGGUUCCGUACUUUUUAGUAUUUGUUAUAGCGGCAACAGAAAUACAUCAUCUGUGAAAAUUUCAACUGUCUAGCUAUCACGGUUCAUGAGAUACAGCCUGGUGACAGACAGACGGACAGCGGAGUCUUAGUAAUAGGGUCCCGUUUUUACCAUUUGGGUACGGAACCCUAAAAAGAAAAGAUAAAGGUAAAGAUUUUCUCCUUAUUGACUCUGCCAUGAUUAAUAAUUUGCUCGUAUGAAUCGCAGUCGCCUCGGUAUAGAAUAAGCAAAGCUAGCUUGUGUAUUGUAUAAGUAUGGACACUCGCCGACACACGGCCUCGACUCACACUUUAAUAUUGCAACUGACAACAAAAGAGUACAAAAUUAAAUUUGUUAUAAUAUAUAACGUUAAAAGAAAGUCCCACCGGGUGUAUGAGACACGAGGUUAUCAACGUGAUAACCACGUGAUAACGAUAUCGUGGUGCUAGUCACUUUAUCAUGUUGUCACAUCGAUAACCGAUAAUAUCAUACACCCGCAGGGCAAUCCAUGCAACAUAGAGAGUGGCUACUUUUACGGUUCAUUUUGACCUAUUUUUUUUACUCUUAACAUAAAUUUGGUUUUAACUUCCCUCAAAUAUAAAGUAAGGCCUUUUGAGAUAAGAGUUGCUCGAAAUAGUAAAAAAACUAUACAUUACAUGAUACAGACACUCGCAAUACGAUCCCUACCUGUACCUGUACCUGUACCUGUACCUGUACUGUACCUUUAUGGACCAAUAACUACUAAAAUAACUAUUAGUUUUUCAUAUAAAUCAAUUAAAUAUUUCUCCCAAAAAUUUAUCAAAUGCUAUAAUUUAAAAGUGCUUGUUGCUAGGCCUAUUUGAAUAAAGAAUAUUUUGACUUUGAAUACGAAAAGUCUCUUUCACAAAUAUUUGUGCCAUUUUCAACCUAAAGGGUACUUAUUGUCGCUUGUCAGUAAGGCGCUAUUUCCAUAUAGCUUCAAUUCGAAAUCAACCUUAUCGACAAGCGACAAUGUGGUACCUUUUGGUAUAAAACGUCACAUUUGAAGAUGUAAAGUAUCACUUCUUACCUCUUAUACCUUGACCUUACUUAUAUUUAAGUCAAAUAAAUAUAAAAUAAACACAUGAAAAGUAGUGAAAAUUAUUGUGACAGCUAAUUUUACAGCUUACCUAGAAGACGCUAUUUGGAGCCAUAUGUCUAUCUAGAUUAUCAAACGUUUGACAACCUAGAUACCGCAUAAUGUACGCUGUAGAGCGCCAUAUACAUUUGGCUACAAUAUUUUACACUACUUAAUAAUUACUAAACCGAUUUUAGGACAGUUGCAAAAUUAAAGUCGUUCUCUAUACCGCAGUAGCGGUUGAGAAAGUAAAUGUAAAGUUAUUUUCGUAACGAGUAAGCUUUAACUCCGAGGCAGGAUUCACGUAUCGUUGUCCCACUCGCGCGCGGCGGCCGGCAGCCGUCCUUGUCGCACCUAUAUCGCGCGACAAGGAAUGGGCGCAUAUUGCAUGUUUAAAGGUUUCCGGAAACAUUAAAAGCUGAACAGGUUUGUAAAUAAAUAUUUUAAAAGCUUAGAUUUGGCACAACAGGUCUCAAUAGUUGUAUGUUAAAAACCGUAGACAAUUUGGUUUAUAAAUGCCAAUACGCCCGUGAAUAUAAUUUUCUUAGGGCCAUCCCACACGCAUCUUUUAUAAAUAAUGUCUAUGAUUGAUUAUUGUCUAUGGACUAAUAAGAUUGAAAGAAUCUAUAGAUAGGACUGUGAUUUUCGCUAUAAUUCUUUCAGUUACCAUACAGAAUAAUCAGAGCCUGAAGGGCUACCGCAAAAAUCGAAAUCGAAAAUUGCUGGGAUCUGUCUCUUUUACUCUAAUGAAGGCGUAAUUAGAGUGACAGAGAAAAAUGCCCGCGAUAUGCGAACUUCGAUUUUCGCGCUAAAUUCGGAUAUUUUCAAUGGCCUUGAAACUUCUUUGUAUUUAUAAAAUGCCAAUAGCAAAUAAAUCUGUUUUCGGGCCGUCGCCGCGCGCGCCACCUGCCCCCCGGCAGCCAUUUAAUUUUCCAGAGAUGUGAUAAUAGAGUAACUUAUGAUACAGUUGUAUAUCGGGCGAGUUUUGUACCGUGCUUCGCUUGUAGCGGCGUUGCCAGCUCGCAAGGCCGGCGCUGGACUUCUAGUGGGUUUUUUUAUGGACCUGGUAGCUGGUAAAUUAAGGCGUCUUUACACUUAAACAGUGUAAACGCGGCGUAACUAAAGUGCGGUCAUUUAGUAGGAAGAAAUUUGAUCACAUAAUUAUUAUAUGUGCUAAGAAAACAAUAAUUUUCAGCAUAGAUUUAGGAAUACUAUAAUACGUACAAUACAUUUAAUUUGUGAUUGACAAUUUUUUUUUACAUUUGAUUUUCCACUUUACUAUAAAAAUGAUAAAGUUGAUAUUAGAAUCAUUAACUAUGUAAAUAUCGAUUUUAUAUUUUUUGUGUUAAGGUAGAAAUUAAAUUAAUAAUUAAAAAUAUAAGUGUGUCAAUCGCCGCUUUAAACGACCAAAUGCAUUAUAUGAAAUUAUUCCUAUUGAAUGGCUUCACUUUACGUAUAAAUAUAUUUCAUUCAAUGCACAAUAACAUCACUAGAUCCACGGUACGUGUUUGUGGUACUUUUAACAAUGUCGGUACAUUUUCCCUUGUCGCUCGUUUUUUUGCGCGAAAGCGACAAGAGAGAAAACUUCAUAUUUUGUUAAUUUUUCUUGUAUUAAAGUAAAAUUGUAAAUAUUUAACUACUAGGAGUCCAGCGGCGGUUUCCUCACGCAUCCACAUCGCUAGCAGCGGUGCGCCGCCGUCCAUCGCAACUAUCCUUAUGGCCGUUACACACCAUCGCACCGCACCAAGGUCAUUGUGCGACGCACACAUAAGUAAGAGCGAGAAAGAGAUAUCGCUUUCUCGCUCUUACUUAUGGAUGCGUCGCACAAUGACCUUGGUGCGGUGCGACGGUGUGUUACGGCCUUUAGAUAAUAUUAAUUGGCGAUUCACCAAUGAACUAGGACUUCUAAAAGCGAUAUAAUUAUAACCUUGGAGGCUCUAAAGGUGCAGCCAGAUCUGACGAAUCCCAUUCGCGAAAGAAUCGCUAACUGCUAAUCUGAGGCCCUACCGUGAAAAACGUAAUCCGAUUUUUUUAUCUGCCUCUAUGACUUGCUUAUUCGAGCGAUAGAGAGGCAGAUAAAGAAAUUUCAAUUUUCGUUUUUCGCGGCAAGGCCUCUGAACGCAACUUAUUAUAAAUUGACAUGUACAUAUUUGUGCAGCAUUAAGUUGUAUUUUCUCGCUUGCACCUUAGUACCUUCCAUUAUAGUUUUUACAAAGAGGGACUGUGCGUCAAGAUAGUAAAUACAACUAUGAGGCGUCAGAGAUACAUACUGCUGUCUCACUCUAGCAAGUCUAACAGUACGUCUCUCUUUUAACACUUUGCGAAAGUGGCGGCGCGCCGGCGCUCCUGUUGAAGUAUUUUAUGCAGCAAUUUAUUUCCUGACGAAACAUUUUGUAAUCUAAUAAAUGAUGGCUAUUUU